AUUUGCAAUAUUUUUAGCAACGCAUGGAUCCACAUGUGUUAAAUUGAGGCGAUCCAUAUUUAACUAAAUUUAUAAUAACUAAUUCCUCAUGGGCCGAAAAGCAGAUUUUUCUGAAAAACAGAAAAGAGGUCCGGGUCGAAAAGCCAAAAAGCAGAAACCUCCGGAAAUUCCCGCUCAUUUACAAGAAAGAGAUCCAACAUUCAUUUCCAGAAGAGCUAAGAAAAGAUUGCAAAAGCAAGCAAAGCAGGACUUAGAAAAUGAAGAAAAAGCAACUCUUAAGAAACAGCUUUCUGCUUCUUUGGAAUCAAUCGAUGAAGAUUUGAUAUCAGGUGAUGAAGAAGUUGAAGAAACUGAAGUUGCCAAGAAGCAAAAACUUUUCUCUGAUGAUGAUGAGGAAGAUAGUGAUCAGGCACCAGAUGCAUUAGAUGAUGAUGAAGAUGAUGUUAUGGGUGAUGAUUUUGAUGCUGAAGGGUCUGAUUCAGAUGAUGACUCUGAAGGGGAAGAUGGUGAUGAUGAUAUGUUGCCUAUUGAAAAGGCUUCAAAGAAGCUUAUGAAAAAGGAAAAACAAUUAAAUAAAUUGAAUGAAGCUGAGCUACAGACAAACAUCCAGCAAACUGAAAUUUUCAAACUUCCUAGUGGUCAAGAAAUUGAAAAGGAAGGUGAAACUGCUGAUCUCGUCAUCCUCAAUCAAAGGAUAAAAGAUAUUAUUUUUGUCCUUUCUGACUUUUCUAAUCGGAGAGAACCAGACAGGUCACGAGUAGAAUACAUAAAUCAACUAAGAGCUGAUUUAUGUGCAUACUAUGGUUACAAUGAAUUCCUAAUGGACAAACUUAUAGAACUUUUCCCACCUUCUGAGCUGGUAGAAUUACUUGAAGCAAAUGAAGUGCAACGUCCAGUUACUAUUCGUACGAAUACUUUGAAAACAAGACGAGGGGACUUGGCUCAAGCUUUAAUCAACAGAGGAGUAAAUCUUGAUCCUGUAGGAAAAUGGUCUAAAGUUGGUUUAGUUAUUUAUGAUUCACAAGUGCCAAUAGGUGCAACUCCUGAGUAUCUGGCUGGUCAUUAUAUGCUGCAAGGUGCAGCAUCUCUUUUACCUGUGAUGGCUUUAGCUCCCAAAGAAAAUGAAAGAAUUUUAGACUUGUGUUCUGCACCUGGUGGCAAAACAACUCAUAUAGCUGCUUUAAUGAAAAAUACUGGAGUCCUUUUUGCAAAUGAUGCUGUCAAAGACAGAGCUAAAGCUAUUGUUGGAAAUUUACAUCGUCUAGGUAUUACAAAUACAAUUGUUUCUAUUGAAGAUGGACGAAAAUACCCUAAACUGAUAAGUGGGUUUGACCGAGUUUUAUGUGAUGCACCAUGCAGUGGAACUGGUGUUGUGUCUAAAGACCCGUCUGUUAAAGCUUCAAAAGAUGAAAAAGACAUCAUACGCUGUGCUACAAUGCAAAGACAAUUGCUUUUGGCUGCUAUCGAUUGCACAAAUGCACACUCUAAAACUGGUGGUUAUAUUGUAUAUUCCACAUGUUCAAUAUUGCCUGAAGAAAAUGAAUGUGUUGUUGACUAUGUAUUGAAGAGAAGAAGUGUUAAGCUUGUUCCAACUGGACUAGAUUUUGGAAAAGAAGGAUUGUCUAAAUAUCGAGAACAUCGUUUUCAUCCAUCGUUGAAGUUGUGCAGACGAUUUUAUCCACACAUAAAUAACUUUGACGGAUUUUUUGUAUGCAAAUUUAAAAAAUUCUCUAAUGUUAUACCUGGAGAAGCUCCUAAGAAUGCAAAUGCAAAAACAGAAGGUACAGAAGUCAAAACGGAAGAUACCACUGAUGCGAAGACAGAACCAGGUACUUCUAAUGUAAUAAAUGGGGAUACUGAGAAGUUGAAUCAAAAUACUGGCAAAAAGCAAAAAAGGAAGAAGGGUCAGAAUAAUCCUGACAUUACUAGUGAUUCUCCACAGAAUUCCCCUGAAAUCAAAAAAUUUAGAAAGGAGAAGAAAAUGGAAAAGAAUAAAACUAAGGAAUCUAAUAAUAGCGAUUCUCAAGAUGAAGAUGCACAAGAAAAGACAGUGGAUACUUCCGUUCAAGAGACAGACAGUAAAAAAUCUAAACAGAAUCAAGUGAAUACACGGAACUCUCCAGGGUUUAAAUCCAAUAAAAAUAAAAAGAUGUUCAAAGCCAAAAUGAAUGAGAGGAAAUUCUCAAACAAAAAAGGAAAAAGACAACAAAUGUAGCAUUUCUAAGUACUUUUCUGCUCCCUGUGGUUUUACUUCAUUGUAUAUAUGAAGGAAUUACAUUUGUUAUCAUUAAAUAUUCUUUUAUAAUAAAAACUGUAAAUAUGGAAA